AUGGCACCCGACUUCAGUCGACCAGUCCGACUCAACAGAAACACUGUUGUGACGGAAUUUGACCGAUACUUCGGCAGCGAGGUCAAGCUCGAGAAUUGGCAGCGUUUGUGCCAUGAUGUGGGAAUCACGGAUGUACCACAAAGCUUGAAGAAGUGCAAACUGGCACUUCGCAGAGUUUGGGUCAACAUUCACGAUCUCAUUAUCGCGGUCCGCCAGAACAAAAUUCCCCACCGCUUCCAAAGUCAACACGAAUUGAGUGCCUACACGCUCAGAACUCGCAAGUUCUUCCCGAAAGAGAAGGCAAAGGAAGGGGGUCCUGUUAGACAACUGCUGGCUCACAUUUUCUGA